AUCUCAGUAUAGAUCCCUUUCCUGCUCAAUAAAGAUGAAGACAUUGUUGAUUUGGAUUUGCUUAUGUCCAUUCCUGAAGUACGCCAAUUCAGCGGAACUAAACAUGGACUAUUGUACAAUGCUGGUAAAUCAUGAUGCCUUAUAUAAAAACUGCUCAAAUGGCGUGAAAGUUGAAAAAUUUCAAAAAGAGAGGUGCAAAGAGUAUAUAAAAGAUGGCCAAGAGUGCAAAAAGGUUUUUAAAGGUAUUUCACGCGAGACUACCACUAAGUCAAGACAUAAAAAUACAAUAGAAAGUGGAAAAAGUCAACGAAAAAGAAUAAAACGGAAUCGACAAAAUAACUCAAAUGCGUCAACACAGAAAAAUAACGACAGAAAGACUUAUAAAAACAAUGAGAAGACGAAGGACAAAAGUCAUCCUAAAAAAAUGAUCAAACAUAUUAAUCGCUGCUUGCUUCUAAAAUACACAAUGUCCUUUCUCAGGUGUCUACCAGGCUAAUACCUGGUGCUGAAAAAUUCCAAACAUAUGAAUCCAAAUUUAUUCACAAAUGCAAAGAAUUAUUUUUUUUGUUAAUUUCAGCUUAAAUUUUGUUGUAUUAUACAAAUAAAAUGGGAAACUUUAAUCUGUUUCAUUUUGGUAAAUAAAAAUAAAAAAAAACGAAGAAAAUUGGA